AUGUGCGCACAUGGAGUGACUGUUUCUCCAUCAGUCGACGACUGGAAAAGGUUUUUUGACCUGCAUCGCUGUCAGCUUCUUUUGCACAUUUCUGAUGGUCUGCAAGCUACGGUUGUGUCGUUGAAGGAGCAGAUUAUUGCAGUUGAGCUGAAUCGGGGGCCAAAAGGUUUCGGAUUUUCAAUUCGUGGUGGGCAAGAAUUCGACUCUAUGCCACUGUUUGUUUUGCGCAUUGCGGAAGAUGGGCCCGCAGCCCUGGAUGGGCGUUUGCGGGUCGGUGAUCAACUGAUGGAAAUUAAUGGGCAGUCAACAUGUGACAUGACGCAUACUUGCGCAAUCCAGCUCAUC